AUGGCAACAAAUACUGUUUCUCAAGUUGUCCCUUCUCCCGCUGAAGAUGCGGCGGCUCUCUUGAAGGCUUUCCAAGGAUGGGGCACGGACGAACAGGCAGUUAUAGCCAUCUUAGCUCGGCGUGAUGCCACUCAGAGGAAACAGAUUACUUUGACCUAUGAACAGAUGUACAACGAGAGCCUACUGCAGCGCCUGCAGUCAGAGCUCUCCGGAGAUUUUGAGAGAGCAAUGUGCCACUGGAUACUUGACCCUGAUGAGAGGCAGGCUGUGAUGGCGAACGCUGCGAUGAAAUGCAUCCAGGAGGAGUACCCAGUCAUCAUCGAGAUCGCUGGCACUAACUCGCCUGCGGAACUUAUACAAGUGAAGAAGGCCUACCAUGUUCUCUACAAGUGCUCCCUGGAAGAAGAUGUCGCUGCUUGCACCACGGGAAAUCUUCGCAGUCUUUUGCUCGCCCUAGUGAGCACCUACAGGUACGAUGGCAACGAUGUAAACAUGGGGUUAGCAAAAUCAGAGGCGAAGAUUGUCCAUGAGGCUGUACGAAAUGGCACAAUUGAUCAUGAGGAGCUCAUCAGGAUCGUGGGUACUAGGAGCAAAGCACAGCUCAAAGCCACAUUCAGCUGCUUUAAAGAUGAGCACAGCAGCAGCAUCACCAAGGCACUGCUACAUGCAACUGAUUCGACAUGCUACUUGCGCGCUCUGCGAACCACAGUGAGGUGCAUUGCAGAUGCAAACAAAUACUUUGCCAAGGUUCUGAGGAAUGCUACACGCGAAGCAGGGACUGAUGAGGAUACCCUAACCCGGGUGGUCGUGAUGCACGCCGAGAAAGACAUGGAGGGCAUCAGCGACGCGUUCCAGAAGAGGUCCUCUGUUACCUUGGAGCAAGUCAUUGCCAAGGAAACCUCGGGUGACUACAGGAGCUUCCUCAUGGCUCUCCUUGGAAGCUAA